AUGUCUUCUUUCAACGUUGUUGUCUUUGGUGGUGACCACUGCGGUCCCGAGGUGACCGCCGAGGGUGUCAAGAUUCUCCGCGUCAUUGAGAAGAACCGUGAUGUCACAUUCAACCUGCAGGACCACCUGCUCGGUGGUGCUUCCAUCGAUGCCACCGGCUCCCCCUUGACCGACGAGGCUCUGAACGCUGCCAAGAACGCCGAUGCCGUUCUCCUCGGUGCCAUUGGAGGUCCCAAAUGGGGCACUGGCGCCGUCCGCCCCGAGCAGGGCAUCCUUAAGCUCCGCAAGGAGAUGGGCACAUUCGGCAACCUGCGCCCCUGCAACUUCGCCGCUCCCUCGCUGGUCGAGAGCUCUCCCCUCAAAGCCGAGGUCUGCCGCGGCGUCGACUUCAACAUCAUCCGCGAACUGACCGGCGGUAUCUACUUCGGCGACCGCAAGGAAGAUGAUGGCUCCGGCUACGCCAUGGAUACCGAGCCCUACUCCCGCCACGAGAUCGAGCGUAUCACCCAUCUCGCUGCCAACCUUGCCCUGCAGCACAACCCCCCUCUCCCCGUGUGGAGCUUGGACAAGGCCAACGUCCUUGCUACCAGUCGUCUCUGGCGCAAGGUCGUCACUGAGGUUAUGGAGAAGGAUUACCCCCAGCUCUCCAUCGGUCACCACCUCAUUGACUCCGCUGCUAUGCUGAUGAUCAAGGACCCGCGUAAGCUGAACGGUAUCGUUGUGACCAGCAACCUGUUCGGUGAUAUCAUUAGCGACGAGGCCAGUGUUAUCCCCGGUUCUCUGGGUCUGCUUCCCAGUGCUAGUUUGAGCGGUGUGCCUGAUGGCAAGAGCCGUGUUAACGGUAUCUACGAGCCUAUCCACGGUUCUGCCCCCGAUAUCGCCGGCAAGGGUAUUGUCAACCCCAUCGCUACUAUCCUGUCCGUUGCCAUGAUGCUGCAGUACUCCUUCAACAUGAUCGACGACGCUCGCUUGAUCGAGAAGGCUGUGAGCAACGUCAUUGAGGCCGGUGUCCGCACCGGCGACAUUGGCGGAACCGCCAAGACCACCGAGGUUGGCGAUGCCGUCGCGGCCGAGCUCGAGAAGCUGCUUAAGUAG